AAACAUAUGUACCGUAUACGUAAACAGUGGUGAAUAAUGCCGGAGCAGCAUGCCAAAAAUUUAAAAUUGCAAGAGUAUGUUUAUGGCGCCGCGUGAGAUUCCCGCGAGCCGGCCCCAGAGCGCCAUUACUCCACAACGCACACGCUUUUAAACUAAACCACCAUUAAAUUGCACACACAAUAUUACAAAAACGCUUUUCCUCGGAGACAACUAGAAGUGAAAAGCUUUAUAGCCCUACAGCAGGGCUAAGAUGGUCGGCUCUUUAUCAUUGGUCACCAUGCCUGUCACGUUCUAAAAAGUAUUCACAUAAGCGCGAAAGUGAUGGCCAUAGUGACAGGUGAUAAAAAUGGAACCAUCCUGCCACCGCUGUACAGCUGUUUGUUGCGUAUUUACCUACCAGCAUGUGUAAGCAACAAUAUUCUUUUUUUUUGUCACAUAUUCCAGAGGAAAUCUAGUAUUGCCAGGUAUAAAAUAUUAGUGGUCGUUUUUAUUUAAAAAUCUUUAUCGUCCGACUGUAACAUUAUAAUAAUCUAAAACGUAAAUAUGGUAAAAUAUAUAAUCGUGUCCGCAGAUCAUGGUGAAGCGAUGGUGGUGCAAAGGUGAGAGCGCGCGGCGGGCGGCGCGCCCCGUCGGCGCCAGCGCAUGGCAUUCGCACACAUGCUGAGGUGGCUGGUGCGUUGGGCGGCGUGGUCUGCGGUGUUAUCGCUGGGCGCCGGGCUGGCCGGUCACGCUCCGGCGCUGGCGCCGCCGCCUUGCCCCAUGCAUUGCAUCUGCCUAUCACAGUCACAGGUGGUGUGCAACAGCGCGAACCUGCGCGGCGUGCCGUCGGCGCUGAGCCCCGCGGUGACGCAGCUGUCACUGUCACGCGCCGACCUGCGCGUGCUCCGCUCCGACGCCUUCGCGCACCUCCGCCAGCUGCGCCGUCUCGCGCUCGACGCCUGCAACCUCACGCGCAUCCGCCCCUUCGCCUUCCGCGGUCUGAAUAGGUUGAAAGAGCUCUACAUCCAACAUACUCCCCUUGCCACCGUCGACGCAUUCGCUUUCGCCGCCUUACAAAACAUUACUUCCAUCGUCCUCACGCACAACAAAAUCGCACAAGUCGAGAGUUAUGCUUUUGCCGGUACUAACUUCAUUAAAGUUAUAUCCCUUAGAAACAAUCCGCUUAGAAAAAUACUGGCUCAUGCGUUUUCGGGGUUAAACGAGGUGGCACAAAUUGAACUGCCUUCCGGCAUUAGAUCAAUCGAGCCGCAAGCGUUCGCGGGGCUCGAAAGCGUUGGCGUCUUGGAACUGGCUUACAUGGACUUGCCGGCGCUUCAACCGGACACAUUUCGAGGAUUGACUCGAGUCGGGAAGCUGGCGUUGCGGGAAUCUGAUCUCGGCAUUAUUCGCGUAGGAGCCUUCGAGGGUCUGCAGAAAGUCGACACGCUCGAAAUAUGUAAUAAUAAAAUUGAUAGAAUUGAGGAGCUUUCAUUAGUGCAAAAUAACAGCGUACAUAACUUUAGACUGACCGGGAAUCAUAUGUUGGAGACACCGGAAUCGGUCAUGUUGGAAGUGGAUAACUUAGUCAUACGCGGUAAUCACCUACCGUGCGAGUGCGGUAGGGAUCCCUUAGCCAAUCCAUUAGCGUUGAUGCAGGGUUUCGUGGAGGAGAAUUUCUGUAUUUCACCGCUGAAGGUGCGGGGGCGAAGUUUGGCGAGCGCGGCGGGAGCGUUGUGCCGGGGCGAGACGGGCGGAAGCGCUCGAGCGCGUGCAGCGGCGGGCACGGGCGCGCGCUCGGCGCGCUCCGAGCAUUGCCUGGCACCACCACACCUCGCGCUCUUUAUCACUGCCUUCGCUCUCCUCGCCAACUGCUAACCGCCUUCCGUGUUCAAUUAGGUACUUACGUUUAUGUACAUAUUGUAAUUAAUAUAAAGUACCUAAGUAUAAUAAUGUCAAAUGUUUUACAUUGAAAAGGUCCGUUCAUUGAGUAUACGUUGGACCAUGAUUAAAAUUUGUCUUUUCAAAUUUUGUUUCAUUCUUUUCUCACUCAUUAUUUUUUUACAUGCAUGUUCUCCCCUCGGUGAUUAGCGCUGAUUGUCUCGAAACUUAUUGACAGAGGAUAGUCCAUGAAUUUACAGGACGAUAAAUCAUACGUACCUAAGUGAAGAUUUAUGACCGAAUAAAAAUAGCGUUUUAUCUUUACUUCCAGUCAAUUAGCGGUCGCCAUCCGAUAGGGCUGAGUAAUGCGCCGUCGUCGCAACCGCACAAGCGGGAAAUAUACGUCCACUUACUAAGGGCAGUCUAACAUUCUCUUCUCAUUCUCAUAGGCAUUGCAUCGAGAUAAGGACCCAAAUUUGUUCACAAUAGGGUUGAUUUUAGGACGAGGUCAUAAAUUGCGAUACGGUUUUUCGAAAGAAAGAAAUUAAAUUUAUUUGCACUUAAACUCUAAGUACCAACAGCUACUAUGAUCAGCGGGCCAUUAUCCAGACAAAACAUUCCAUACUGUAAUUAAAUACAAAUACAUUUUCUCUGAUCUGGGUAAACAUAGAGAACUAAGUAAGCCUACAGUGCUCACCCUGUACUUACAUCAGUUUUCUUACCAAAACGCUUAUUAUUUUCAUACUCGCUAUCUAGCGACAAGCAGCGGAUUAUCAGUACCAUUAUUUGACACCAGAGGUAACAAGUGUCGCGACUACCGAUAAGUGUAUUAUAGUCGUUAGAUUUGUAGCUGGCCCUCAACGGCUUAUCCAUUGUCUAUUGUUAACUAAAACGCCGCGUGCCAUUACCUUGGAAUCUUAGAAUUCAAGAAAAGUGAUUUCAGUUUUUUUUAAAAUUCAUCCUCUAAAAGGGUUAAAUAGGGGUUGAAAGUUUGUGUUGGAUUACAUUUAUUUUGAGCUAGAAACUUGAAACUUGGUAAACAAGUAUUUCAUUAAAAUAGAAGAAAGAUUAGUUCAGCGUUUUUGAAAAUGUAUCCCGCAAGGUGGUAAAAAAGGGGUUGAAAGUUUGUAUAGUGAUCGAAAUUAUUUUGAGUGCGGGACUUUAAUAUAAAUAUAAACUUUGAUAUAAACGUAAUAUUGUUACAAGAAUUCAAUAAAUUCAGCGUUUUUAAAAAAUGCAUCCCCUUAAAGGAAUAAAAAGUUUGUGAAAAAAGGGCUAAAAAUUUGCACCAACGAGGGAACGAAAUUUUCUGUAAAUAGUUUUCUUGAAAUGUCGUAAAAAGACACAAUGAUGAAAAAGGCACAACAAACGUGAUUUCCCCGUUUUUAGAAAUGUAUUUCUUAAGGGAGUUAAAAUUGAAACUUUGUAUUGAUCCUCUAAAUUGGUGAAAAAGGGUUUAAAGUUUGAAUCGGGAGGGUUUUUUUUUUUAAUAGUGGACUUGAAAAUCUCGUUAAGGGGUUGAGAGGGAUUAUGUCUCGAAUUUUUUUUCAGUUAGGGGCUUGAAACUCCGUAGGUUAAUUGUGACAGCCAAAUCUCAUGCGUUGUAUAAUGAUUAAACGUCCCUACUGCUAUCUUUUGCUGCAUUAUGGUCUAUGCUCAUGUAGAAUAUAUAACCACCAACAUACAAAACCAGGCGUACGAACUUGCGGGCAACAGCUAGUAUUAUACAUUUGUAAUGACUGACUAUUCAAAAGUAUCUUUUGCUCCCAAUUAACCUAUUGUGCUAACUUUAAUAAAUAAUGUUAUUAAUAAAUAAUUUUAUUAUUUAAUAUUAUUUUUCCUGUUUGGGCGGUAUGCUUGAUUGCCACCGUCGUAGUAUAAAAAAAUAUUUUAAUUGAAC